UGGAACCGAAACAAAAUGCAAACUGAGUCCGGCAUCGACCUGUUGGUCAUCGUGCUGGACACGAAUCCAUAACAGCACAUAGUCCGCCAGAACCCGCAGAACCUCACACAGAUACUGGAAGCAGUGAUCGCUUUCGGCAAUGCGCACCUCAUGCAGAAGGCACAGAACAAAUUGGCGGUCAUCUCCUGCUCGCAUCAUGCAACAAAUUUCCUCUAUCCACAGCCAAGGCGUCAGGUGGAACUGCGACAGAUUGACGGCCAGUACGAAGCCUUCAGUUUGGUGGAGAAGACUGUGAAGCAGCAGCUGGGUAGCAUUCUGAUGAAUGCCCCUAGCCUUAAUGCACCCUCUGAGAGCCUGCUAGCUGGCAGCAUGGCCAUGGCACUGUGCUACAUAUCAAGAUUGCAACGCAAUGUUGCCGCCGGCGUUAAGAUGCAUUCCCGUAUUCUGGUGCUGACGGGCAGCAAUGAGUGCUCCUCCCAGUACAUGACAUUCAUGAAUGUGUUCUUUACCGUACAAAAGCUGGGCAUAACUAUAGACACCUGCGCAUUGGAUAAAACUUUGAGCUUGCUGCAACAAGGCUGUGAUAUAACCACUGGCCAGUUCCUAAAGGUCACACAGUUGGAUGGCCUGCUACAGUAUUUACUGUGGGUGUUUCUGCCGGCACCACAGAUGCGUCACAAAUUGGUACUUCCGCCACCGCCAAAGGUGGACUAUCUCGCCUCCUGCUUCUGCCAUCGAGAGCUCAUUGACAUUGGCUAUGUGUGCUCCGUUUGCCUGUCGGUGUUCUGCAAAUAUAGUCCCAUUUGCACCACGUGCCACACAAUUUUCAAGACCCCUGGACCACUGCCCGUGAAGACCAAGAAGAAAAAAAAGGAUAAGCAAAUGUAACUUCAGAAGCUUCAAACGUCGAGGAGUUCUUUGGAAAGGAAUUGCACUUGGCACUU